AUGUAAAAAAAAAAGCGCUCCGGGUAGUCAAGAGUUUCCUAUGAAAUUUCCGAAACAUCAUGCUGAAUUUGAAAUAUGAAUUUAUUAUUUUUUCGGUGUUUUAAAUCAGCAGGUAUUCCAGGAAGAUGAUUAUAAGACACCUGCGCUCACAAUUAUACAGAUGAAUUACACUCGGUUCCCCAGUAUACUAAGUGUAUUGUGUUAAACAGCUGCCUGCCUUAAUGAGUUGAAUAUAACUACGAUGUAUAUAAUAUGUGACGAAAAGAAAAGUUCCAUUACAUUAUAUAUUUUACAGAUUUAACAAAGACUUCUGCCAUUGUGUAUGUAGCCGUAUUCAGUGGUAUACAAAAGUAUCACCAUGAUGCGAUUUUUUUGUUCCAUCUUUUAUUGAAUGGAAACAACAGGACAACACCCUGUAAUAGCAUAAAUACAACAGGAGAAAACCCUGCAAUAACAUAAAUAAAACAAGAGAAAACCGUGUAAUAACAUAAAUACAACAAGAGAAGACUCUGUAAUAACAUAAAUAUAACAGGAGACUCUGUAAUAACAUAAAUACAACAGGAGAAGACCGUGUAAUAACAUAAAUACAACAGGAGAAGACCGUGUAAUAACAUAUAUACAACAGGAGAAAACCGUGUAAUAACAUAAAACAACAGGAGAAGACCGUGUUAUAACAUAAAUACAACAGGAGAAGACCGUGUAAUAACAUAAAUACAACAGGAGAAGACCGUGUAAUAACAUAAAUACACCAGGAGAAGACCGUGUAAUAACAUAAAUACAACAGGAGAAGACCGUGUAAUAACAUAAAUACAACAGGAGAAGACCGUGUAAUAACAAAAAUACAACAGGAGACUCUGUAAUAACAUAAAACAGCAAGAGAAGACCGUGUAAUAACAUAAAUAUAACAGGAGAAGACCGUGUAAUAACAUAAAUACAACAGGAGAAGACCCUGAAAUAAUAUAAAUACAACAGGAGAAAACCGUGUUAUAACAUAAAUACAACAGGAGAAGACCGUGUACUAACAUAAAUACAACAGGAGAAAACCGAGUUAUAACAUUAAUAAAAAAUAUGGGACUGGCUGUUGUCAUGUAAUUUGAUAUAUAAUUUCAUACGAAAAAUGCAUGUUUCAUGGGAACAUAAUUAGCUCAUUUGUAUCGCAUAUAUUGCACAAACUAGCCAUGUUGUUUUGCUCAUAGGUGUCUUAAGCACAAACUAGGAACAUUGUUUGACCAGAUUUGACUCCAUUAUAUGUAAAAACACUGUUUUUAUUUUGACCGUGAAAUGCAAAUGGCGAUCGUGAAUGAUAUCACACAAAAAUGGCAUAUAAGGCGGUAUUUUAAACAUCAAAAAUGCUCUUAUUAGACACUAUAAACAACUCUGAAAAUGGUAUGCUUUUAGAAAAAGAUUUUCAACCGUUGAGUUUGGAGUAAAAUAUGCCUAUAUCUGAAAACUCACCAAUUUGACUUAAACAGAUCCUUGUUACUAUGAUUAAAAGUCUUAAAAGUAUGAUAAAGGAGCAUUUUUAUUGAUACAAAAAACCUCCCUUUAUGACAUAUUUGUGUAAUGUUAUUCACAGCCACCAUUUUGCAUUUCAAGUUCAAAACAAAAUAAGCGCUUAUACGUACAUAAAGUAAGAUCCGGGUCAAAUGAAAGUUCCUACCCUGUGUUAUAGACAAUAGUGAGCAUAACAACUUGGCUAUUUUCCAGGUUUGGUCAUUUGCGCGACUUAGAAUUAUUCCAUACUACAUCUUACCAAAAAGUAACUCUAUAGAAGAAAUUGAUAGCAUCCACAGCAAAUUAUUGGUGUUUGUAAGAAACUGCAUAUCCAAACAAACAUUUCGGUAUAUUUGUGCAAAUAUUUAGAUAUUUAUUCGAAUUUGAAAUUCAAUGUUAUUCUGCUUUAUAGAUGACCCUUAAUGGAUAUUAUAAUUGAUAUCUUUACAAACGUAUGAACAUUGUGUAUACUUAAAUUGCCACUAUUGUAAUUCUAAUGACAAAUUUGACUUCCGGCGUACGGACCGUCGACACGGUGUCCAGGGCUCCGAAUGAAAAUGUUCUGAAAAUCAUACUUUCAAGAAACAGAUGUAUAUUUGUAUAAUGACGCUUAAGGGAAUUAAAAGGAUCCUAUUCAUGUUUGGAGUAGCCUGUGUCGCUGUGCUGAUUUUAAGUUAUAAAUAUAUAUCUACCGAAGACUUACAAGGAACCAGUCUUUUUGUUCAGACUAAAAAUCUUCCCCAACUGAUGAUGGACGGACAGGGAUCUCUGGAAAAGUUCAAAGAAAGACAAGCACAUCUACUUGAAAACUGCCAUCCUAACACCAAUUUUGAGAAGAAUCCAAAAUUUGAAUAUGUUAAAAAAAGAUUUCUUCUAUAUGAUUCUAAAUCAAACUUUGUCUUCUGUAUGGUACAAAAGAUAGGCUGCACUUUCUGGCGAAGACUAUUUCAUUCAUUAAAAUACAAGGACAUUUCAGAUGUGUAUACCAUCAAUCCUGAAAAAGUUCACACGGAAAAUCUUCCUACCUUAGGGCACCUAAAUAUCACCGAGGCUUCGCGAGUUUUAAGAUCAGCGAAUACAGCAAUGUUUGUCCGAGAUCCCUACGAACGUAUCUUUUCUGCAUACUUAGAUAAGUUGUACAAUAUAAAUCGUCAUUAUAUGGAACACCUCGGGCGAGAUAUAGUAAAAUCAAGAAAAAAACCCACAACUUUAAGCUUAAGAUGUGGUCAUGAUGUGUCCUUCUCAGAACUGAUACGAUAUUUAGUGGAACAGAAGAGAAAGAGUCAAGAAGUCGAUGAGCACUUCUCACCUAUACACACCCAUUGUUUACCAUGUCAGAUAAAAUAUAACUUCACAGGAAAAAUGGAGUCUUUCGAUGAAGAUGUAUCGGAAAUAAUGACGAAAACCGGCAUUUUUCAAAACGUAUCAGGUCUAAUGUCGAGAAAGUCGUCUAUAUCCAAAGAAAUAAACUCCAGUAUAUACAACAGCAUAUUAGAUGCAUACAACACUCGAAAGAGUAUGUCACAAUGCAUGACUAUGAACGAGAUGUACGGUCGUGUGUGGACGAUACUUCAACUUCGUGGCUUUUUGAACCCAGAUUUACCAAUGCCUGACUCCCCACAUCUUACCGUGGAUAUGGUUUACCGCGAGGCGAUCAAGAACAGUGACCCAUCACGCGUGUCCGAGUACAAACACAGAGGAUUAGUCAAGAUGUAUAAAACUGUGGACCGACAAUUAUUGCUACAGUUUAGGGAGUACGUCCUACUAGAUUGUCAGCUGUUUGGAUAUAAUGACAGACCUCCAUAUAUAUUUUCUGACGGCUGAUGGCUACAUUUUGCAUUGAUUCCUUCCUGAAAUUACAUUGAUGAAAAAGUCAUAGCAAAUUAUAUCAUGCGUACUAUCCGCAAUAAACAUGCAAUAAUUGAGUUUAUAUCAGAAAAUUACGAAAAGUAUCAGCUAUAAUGUUGAAGUAAAUUUUAAGUAAAAACUGUAACGAUAUACAUUUAAUAAUAUAUUCACGUUAUUUUACUACUAUCAAUCGUUUACAAUGUGGACAUAACAUUAUUGACUUACGUAUUAAUGAAUCUAGCAUAACCAGAGUAUCAAUAGAACAUUAAAUAAAAAAUAAGACGGGCAAAAACCGAAACAUUCGUGCUGCAUAAGAAACAUGGAUCCGAUGGAUUCUAUGUGGUCCUAGGAACAUUUUUUUUUUAUAUCACUCUUUCCCUGGAUACUCUGGAUACUAGGUGUUCCUAAGAACGCUUUAUUGAUAUCAUUGUCUCACAGAAACAUCCAAAAAUAUCUCUGAAAUGAGGGCAAAUAUAAAUGUGUCAAAUAUUCCUGUAUGAAUAUUCAAUGCUUAGUGGUAUUAAAAGUUUAAUCAUAGGCCUUGAUUGAACGUAUAUUGUCAGGUAUUGAUCUUUUAAUUCGGGCAAUUGUCUCCGUAUGUGUGCUGUAUUGUGUCAAUAAACAUUGUAUCAGUAUGAAUAUUGUCUGUUAUAUAAUUAGAAUCUGAAAAGACCCGCAUAAUUCCCUCGGGGGACGAUACUUUUCAGUUGCCAUACGUGAUUGACUUUAGUAAUGUUUACACUUUCUAUCAUCUUGUUUCAUACUUAACAAACAUGUUGCAAGUGUUCUUCCGUUAUUCCAAAAUACUGUUAUGAUAUAUAUAGGUGGUCGUUUUGGGUUUUUUUUUCUAACCAACUACUGUCUUCUUUUUAAAAAUUCAAGUGUAUAAAAGUCGAUUGUUUAUCCUUAGACAAUUUCAUCUUAGUACACGGGUUUUUUCUUCUUUUGUUUGUUUGUCUUUUCAAAAAAUCACGCAUGAAACAAAUCCAUGUCGUAUAAUGUAUUUGAAAAUACGUUGAAAUGGCACUUUACAUUUAACUUUUUGGUAAUGUUUAUUUAAUAAGAUUUGUUGAAUAUGUUAAUGGUAUUAAGGUUGAUUUUCUGGUUAAAAAGGGCUUGAUCAGCGAAAUAGUAUCUUUAACAUAAAGGUUAAUAUUUGGGACUAGUAGUUUUCAUAGAGUUUAACCCUGACAUAGAUCUACUGUCGGGAAUAUGUGGCCGUGAACAAA